AUGGAGGACCCUGAGAAGAAGCUGAACCAGAAGAGUGACGGCAAACCACGGAAAGUACGAUUUAAAAUCUCUUCCUCCUACAGUGGCAGAGUGUUGAAGCAGGUCUUUGAGGAUGGGCAGGAAUUAGAGUCGCCAAAGGAGGAAUACCCUCACAGUUUUCUCCAAGAAUCCCUUGAACCAGUGGAUGGUGUUUACGGGUCUGGGGAAGCCCCCAAGCCCCAACCAUACUCCCCUAAGCUGACUGCUCAAAGGAUCAGCGUGUUUAGAGAGGGCAAUGCCUACAGUUUGGCGGGCAGCCAGCCUUUCUUCAAUGAUUACAAGGCAAAUGACCAUAAGUCUCCACCUAUUAUAGAUUUCGGAAAGAUCAUCAUCUACACGAAUAACUUGAAAAUCAUUCGAACCCCAAUGGACAAGAGAGAUUUCAUGAGGAAAAUUCUCCAGAAGGAAGAAGAGGCUGAGGAAGAGUCUCUGGUGAGCAAAGAAGAAAUCUAUGGAGACCGUGACCAGAACGACGGGCAUUUGCCAGACGCGGAAAGCACUUUCCCCCAUAGCCAGUACCCACAGGAAGGGGAGCUUCCCGAGGACAACUGUUUUCACUGCCGAGGGUCAGGCAGUGCCACCUGCUCUCUGUGCCACGGCAGCAAGUUCUCCAUGCUGGCCAACAGAUUUAAGGAGUCCUAUCGGGCCCUGCGCUGCCCUGCCUGCAAUGAGAAUGGCCUGCAGCCUUGCCAGAUAUGCAAUCAAUAGCCCGUGGCUUUGUACGUCCGCUGUGAUCGCAUCCUUCCUGAAGCUAUUUCUAAUAAACUGCCCCCUCCUUCUCUUCCCUCGCCCAGCAAGGAAGCCACAGUGGCUUGCGACCACUUCCACCACUGGCAAAACUCAAUCGCUUGAUAACAUUUCAUAAGGCUAGGAGCAUCUCUGUGUGGUUCUAAGCGGCAGAGGCAAUUUCGAAUUAGAGUCCACUUUGAAACAGGUUCUAAAAUUAUCCUUCCAGGAACGUGUGUGUGCAUCUUAUUUGACUUAGUUCAGCUUUUCCCUUGCACUAGUGAGCAAAUAAAUGUACAUUUCAGGCAGCAGGUUGAAAUCAUUUUCUGGUUGGGAGUUAUUUUGCAAAAUUAUGCUUCAAGAAAGGAAUAAAAAAGGCAGGUUUCUGAUGAGCUGAAUUCCUGUAGCUUAUAGUGCAUUUCAAAUCGUUAUUGAUCAGAUUGAGUUUUUAAUUAAGCAGAAGAGAAAAGGGAUGCCCCUAUGUGGAAUGUAUGAGCAGGCCACUGGAAACAAAACAACAUGUAUGUGCUUUAUGCUGAAGAUAGGCAAGCUGAGAAGGCCUUUCUUUCAAUGUCCUAUCUCCUGUGUGAAGUGCUUGGGUAGGGUUCAUGCAGGCAAUGAGCAUUGCUACUUCUUAAGACCAGAUGAGAUUAGACAUUCCUGCAUGCCUCUAAACUCCUGGGGUUAUAAGCCAAGUCAAAGCUGUUUAUGAGAAAUUUGGUGCUUAAGUAUGUGUGUAUGAUAUGACUUCUUCCAGCCCCUGAAUUAUUAGUAAAUAAAUAAAUGUGUAUUAAAUCUAAGAUAAAGCCACAAUCUCUUCAGAAAAGCUUGGCUAUUUUGUAGUUCUCUGUUGGAACUAAAA